AUGUCGGGCGAAGGCUCGCCUUUCGAGGACACGGGCCAGAACUGUCCUGGUCGUAGUGCUCCUUCGGGAAUUUCCAACCGCGAGACCUUCGAUACGAUUCCCGAUGGAGAACUUUAUGACGAACAGCCUCGGGUCAUUUCUCAACGACGUCAGAACCACGCCCACCCCCAGCAUCCCACUCAGAAUGCAAUGCCGAGCGCGAGCAACAGUGGCACCCCCAGAUUCGCUGACUGGCAGCAUUCUGCAGUGGGUCACGGUCUAGCCACAGGUAUCCCUCCUGCCAUUGACCAGCCGCCGAACGAUCAUCCUGUCGUUCCUGGUGUGGAUUCUGGUGCAAGCCAGUCCCCAGAUGAAUAUCCAAUUGACUUUGACUAUUUGGGAUUGAUGGGCGUUGCAUCCUACGACAACCUUACCCCCCAACUGCUCAGCUCCGGUCGCCUUCAGGCCUAUCCCGCAGCACACGAGCCUCCCCCUACUCCCCAGCCCAUCACCACUCCAGCUAUUCCCACCCCCCCCACCAAUCCUCACACCAUCCCAUCCACCCCUUCCAACAACGUCCCUCCUCCUUCCUCUUCGUUCUUCCUCCCCCUCCCCUGUUCCCCUCCUCCCCACCCUGCCAACACGCCGCAACCAUCCGCUCCCACUGCGGUCGACAACACAACUACCGCUUCUCAGGUUCUCGGUGACGGCGACGCGAUGGAUGUCGAUCCGCCCAACCCCCAACCUGCGGCUACCGCUGAUGCUGGUAACGGUGCUCAACCCUCCACGAAGAAGAGGCAGAGGAAGACGACGGUCGCGGCCAAGAAGCCUGCGAAGACAGCGGCGGCGAAGAGGCCUGCGAGGUCGACGGCUAAGAGGCCUGCAAAGGCAACAACAACCGGAAAGCCGGCGGCCAAGAGGGCGAAGACUUCCAAGGCAGCGACCAAGCGAGGAAAGGCCAAAAAGGCAAAGGACGCCGACGACGACGCCGACGGUGACGAAGAAGCGCAGGCGAACGAGCAAGAGCCCAAAGAAUCCGAAGACAAACACUUGAAAAUCGCCACUUCCAUCCCCGAGCUAUUCGUCUUUCUUUUCAAUGGAUUGUUGGAUCUCGGAUUCAAGGACAUCCUCGCGACCGGCGGGCGUCACUUCACCAUUGGCACCCUGUGCUCCGGCACCGACGCUCCCAUCAUCGCCCUCAAACUCUUCCAAGAGGCCGGAUACGCCCUCGGCCACAACAAGUCCCUUUCACACAAGCACCUCUUCAGCGUUGAGAUCGAACCCAUCAAGCAGGCCUUCAUCCGACGAAACAUCAAGCCUAAGGGCCACAUCUUCCGCGACGUCGUCGAGUUCGCCGGAAACGACAAGGCCACCACUGCCGCCGGUUUCCCGGCCGACGUGCCCACCAAGGUAGAUGUCGUCGUCGUCGGAUCGUCCUGUGUGGACUUUUCUUCUCUCAAUUCCAAGAAGAACAAGGACUUAGGCGCUUUGACGGCCCGAUACAACACCAGGCUCGACGACGAUGGAAUCGAUUUCGAGGCGUUUAUGAACGAGGCCAAGGAUGCGACUGGCGAAUCCGCCACGACUUUCCUUGCAUCGCUAGCGUACGUGAACAAGGCCCGGCCCAAGCUGGCCGUCAUGGAGAAUGUUAAUCAAUCCCCUUGGCAUGACAUUGUUAAUGUGUGGUUUCCCAUGAUUGGUUAUUCGGCGAUGCACGUCAAGCUCGAUUCCGCGAACUAUGGCGUGCCGCAUACACGCCAAAGAGGCUAUCUGGUCGCCGUGGACAAACGCCAUUACGGCGAAGAACGUGCGUCGAAAAUCUGCGAAACCUGGGAGACCCUCAUCGGCCAAGCUGAAUCGACUGCUCGCAUCCCGCUGCGCAAUCUUCUUCUUCGAUAUGGCGAUCGGACCGUUCGCGAGAACCUCAUCCCGAUUGAACGAGGAGCCAGCAGAGAGCCGACCGUUAAGGCAACCAUGUGCCAGAUGAGACACAAUCACGCCCGCAAGCAAUACGGUCUUCCUCGUGACGUCCACCAGUAUACACGCCUCGAUGCGCGUGGAGCAUGCAAACCGUACGAUUUGUCGCACAAAACGCUGAUUCAACGCCAGGGACCGAGGGUUUGUGACCUUUUGGACAUUGUCCAACUGCGAAUGAUGAUCGACAUCGCUCAUAAUUUUGAUUUCCGUUUCAAGAAUCAUAUUAUCGACUUGUCGCAGAACGUCGAUCGCAGCCCUGGUCAAGUAGGACAAUCUCCCUGUCUCACUCCCAACGGCCUGCCUUUCAUCACCAGCCAGGGUCGGAUGCUCGUCGGAUUGGAGGCACUCCGCCUUCAGGGCAUCGAGUCGGACAAACUCGUGCCGUCGACCGAGUGCGAUAAGGACUGGCGUGACCUCGCAGGAAAUGCCAUGACGACAUCUGUCGUUGGCUGUGUUAUCCUGGCGUUACUUCUCGCGGAGCACAACGCUUGCAUCGGUACGGAUUAUGGUCUCCAGGAGAAGGCGAACAGCUUCUCGGAAACCCUGCGCAAAGAGGGCACCCUGCGCAAAGAGGGCACCGUGGACGACGAGGGCACCGUGGACGAAGAGGGCACCGUGAAGGAAGAGGGCACCGCGCGACCCAGUGCAGUGAUCAAGAACGUUACUAAAGAGAUGUACGAAAACUGGGAUUCGUCUGUCCUGAACAACAUCAAAUUGAGCCAUUUGUUCCUGCUCCACAGGUUCCGAUGCAGCAAGUGCUUGGGAAAUCCCUUGCACAACUUUGUGGAUUUUCCGAUCAAUUUUAAAUUGUUCAGCGAGGCGGAGACGUUGUCGCGCGUCACGAAAUACUUCCCGCCUACUUUCACCUUGACGUCGCGGGGCGGAGUCGGUAUUCGAGUUCCUGCACUCGAAGAUUUCGGCGACGUGUAUCUCUCCGAUCGCGCCAAAGAAGCCUUCGAUGUCUGCUGUGCGAACACGACAUAUUACUUCAAGGAAUUCCACGUCGGGCAAGUUUUGACCGCUCGAUACCAUUCUGCUCGCUCUCACGUCGACAUCUCAAUCGACGAGGACUCGCUUACGUGGAAUGUGUAUCUGGAUGUUGAAGGUUGCAUCAUCUCCAAGAAACUCGGGUACCUUCAGGAUCCCGAGUACAACGUAAUGAGGGCUGUCCUCAAGAACCCCGAUUCGAUGGUCAUUCCCCGUGAGGAGGAUUGGCGUCUCUGGGUCGACGACAAACACACGGUCAUCGUCAAUGUUCACCCGGGUAUUGAGCGCCUUGACGGCAUUAAGUACGAUCUCGUGUCAAUGGCUGACCACGCCGGCAACGUGGUUUCACAAGGCCAGGCUUUCGACAAUGUGGUUCAGCUUCUCGGUGACGCGUACACGCUCACCGAGCACUGCGGGACGUCCCAUUCUCUUCUGUAUGUUCAGAAGAGGAGCGGGCUCUACCACUUCCUUGAUCCCGAUAAGGAAUGCCACGGCCUCAACGAUCGAUGGGUCAUUGCGAAGACGAAUCGGAUGCUGCAUGACUUUGAGAACCGCGACGUCCUUCUCUAUUUCGAUAAAGAGUAUCGUCCUUGUCGAUCAAAAUGGGAACGUAUGAUUAAUCCAGCCACCAUUCCGCAGGUGAUUGGAGAAAAUCGUCCGCAUAGUGGCCUGAGGUGCGAGUACCCAGGAUACUGGGCUAGUGUUGCUGCAUCUAAGGAUCUGGCCAGAGCCUUGCCAACAUCAAUCAACUCGAUCGCAAAACUCCCCGAGGUCCACGUCGGCGACGGCAUGUGGCAACACGUUAAGGAUCAUCAGUGUAAUAAAGCGGAGACAUGGGUGCAUCUCAAGAUCCCUCUGGCAGACUUCCCGUUCCCGAAUUCAUUCUAUGCCGCUUUGUGGCGGGAUAGUUCCGGUAACGGCGAAGGCAUGUUCGUCGACUCUUCGAGCCCUUGCCCCGUUCGACAGCGCGACAGAGAUGCUUUACUUCGAACGAUUAGAUUUGCUCUAAUCUGUCUUCCUCAGGGGGGCGGUCAUCCGGGGUCUGUUCUCCUCGGCACGGAUCUCUGUGGUGAUUGUGUUCCAGUCACGCCGGCUGUCCACCGAAUCAGGAACGUGCAAGACAAAGUCGUUGAGAUUAUUUCAGAUGCAAAACAUUGUGAGCAAUUUGAGAACCGCAUCAAUGACCGACCAACUACCGUAUCCAUUUCGGUCAGUGCUUCCGAGGCCUCGACCCUCGAGGUUGACAUCAAAGUAGAUCUGGGGACUUUGAUUCACCGCGCCGCCGGUUAUCUUCCCCGAGAAGGUGUUCAGAAGGGCGUACGGAGGGAUUUGAGCCAGACUCAAGGCACUGCUGAACUCGUGCACAACUUCCAUGACACGCCCAAAGCUUUUACUCCGUUCGAGACGAAGCUUCGGCCUGUCGUCGACACCGAUAUCAACAAGUCUCCGCCUCCUCCCCCAUCUUUCCCAGAAGACCUGAGUCUCCGACCAGAUCAGAAACUGGCACUUGGGUGGAUGAUUAAACGCGAGGAUUCCCCUGACGAGUACAUGGAGACAGAAGUCGAGGAAUACAUCGAGCAGUCGGUGGGUCUCCGCCUGGUCGGACGCGCGAAGACACCGAAUAAGUCCAAGGGUGGCGUUUUGGCUCAUCAAGUCGGGUACGGAAAGACGGUUAUUUCGCUAGCUUUGAUCGAUGUACAACGUCGUCUUGUCAACGAGUCCAUCCAAGAGCGACGCGGCUGGAUGGGAGACAGACUCGUGCAUCUCAAAGCGACGCUAAUCGUCGUCCCCAAUCACAUUAUCGGCCAUCGAGAAAAGCUCGAAGAGGCCGACAUCGUCUUGAUAUCGCAUACCACCGCGCGGCUUACGGCUUCGGCGCGAGACACCUUCGCCGCGGCGUCUGGCCAGGUUAAAAUGGCCGGACCCGACACCAAGAGAAACUUUGAAGAGUUUUAUUUCCCAGGCUGCGAUAAGCUCCGCGAUCUCUACCGACGCCAUGUCAACGGUGGUGAAGAUUUCAACGUUGCCGAGGAAGCGUUGAAAGCAGUUGCGGCGAACCAGGAAAUUCUUAAUGAUGCCUGCAAGAACCACGUGCCGCCGAGCAAGCGUCGAAAGGGCGGCGUAGUGUCGACGACGGAUGCUUCCACAGACAGCAACGGACAGUCCCGCAAGUCCCGCAAUGCGAGCAAGCUGCCCGACAUUCGCGACCUGUCGCAGUCGAGUCGCGAGAAGGUGUUAGAACAGGCAGCGUAUGCGCACAAGGGCGCGACCCUUUUCGAGUUUUACAGCUGGGACAGGAUCAUCUAUGAUGAGUUCUCGUACUCCGACGUGUUGGCUACGGCGUUCAUCAUCCAGAGUGUGGCGUGCUCCAAGUGGCUUCUGUCUGGUACGCCCCCGAUGUCGUGCCUAGCGAAGAUUUGCGACGUGGCGUCCAUGAUCAACGUCCACGUUGCACGAGAGGAGCCGGCUCUGCCCCUGUACCUGGGACCCAUCACCGAGGGCCCGUCGCCCACGGACAUGUCUGCGUCUGAGCAGUAUCGAGCACUCCGGCAGUUGAAGUCGGAGGCGUUCGCGCAUGAGCGGCAUCUGCAAGGAGAGAAGUUUGUAUCGAUGUACAUGCGGCAGAAUUCGGCUGUUGUGAGCGACUGUUACAAAGUCAUUCGCAAGGUCGUCUUUGUUCCGAGCGAAACCACGUCGAAGGCCAACUACUUCCGAUUGCAACAGUGUCUGUAUGAUGCUCGUUGGGACGUGCUAAGCUUGUCGGGCGAUAGCAGCAACGCUGUGCGGGCCAUUCUGAACUUGAAAAAGAAGACGGAUGCCUUCCAGUCUCUCACGCAGCAGGAACGGUACGACGCAUCGGUCAAGACCCUCCUAGUAUUUUCGGCGCUCCCAAUGGGCGAGACAUGCGAUCUCCUGCAAGGCCGGAAUACUGGCAACAUGACGGUUUCAGAUGUUCUCCAUCUGAUUGUGGAUGAAGCGAAGACGUCAUAUGUGAAGAUGGGACGGAUUUUGAAGUCUCAAUUCGACCGAUUUAUGUGGCUCGCACAUCAGUUCGCCGAGCCGGCGGAAGAGAUUGUGGACGGUGGUGCCGAGAGAGGUGAUGCAAACGGAGGCGAUGCCGAGCUCAACGGCGGAGGUUCCGGUUCCCAUCCCGCCACGACGGCGGCCACCCGCUCAACGAAGUUUAACCAGGCGGACACCUACCGCGUGGGGAUAAUCCGCCAUUGUUCUUCACGAGACGUCAAGGAGUUUGGGGGUCUAGAGAUUGCCAGCAUUGUUCGGAAGAUCCUCUUGGGACCACGUGAGAAUGAUUCGAUGUAUGAUAAUCCGCAAAACUGGAGUACCGAGACAUGGCAGGCUCGGGACGGCGGCGCUGGGACUAGCUACUUUGUUGACUGGUAUCCGGACCCUUUCGCGAGGAUAAAGUCGUUGUCGAAGCAUGAGCUGUGCCUUAUCAUUCGCGACUGCUUCCAUGCUCUUGGAGAAGACUCCCAGAUGUUGGAAGAUCUAUCAAUGGAUGAGCUCCGAGCAAAGGCGGUGGGUCUGGUGGAUCGGACAAUUGCUGAGAGGGUGGUUGUAUACAAUCAAGAUUCGAUUGAAAGGGAGUGCGGAUUCCUUAGCCGUCCCAAGAGCCUGGAUGAGAGUGGGAACGAGAAAGAGCGUGCGAUGACUGAGGGGCAAGAAACCGAGUUGCAAGUUUUGCGGAUGAAACACCGGAACAUCGGACUAAAGGCACUUCAAAGUGAUAUUGUCGAACACCUUCGGAAGAGCCUCUGUCGAUUCGAGGGAGGAAAUGCUAGUGACAAGGACUUUGAGUUCGGGUCUGCUGUGCCAUGUCGCUUCCCCAUUGUGGGACAGACAAAGGUGACGCGGGGCACGCAACUUGAAGAGGGUCUAGACGACUUGAUCUUGACCUCUCUGAGCGUCGAAGAGGCCGCUCGAAACCUCAUCCAAGAGGCGUUCCGUCGAUAUAGGUUCCUCAACUCUAUUUCACUGCUUGCCAAGCAAGUCCUCGAUGGUCGAUGGUGCCAUGAGUGUGGAAGGUGCGACGUCGCCCAUGACAAGGCACAGGAGUAUUGUGACUGUCAACAUCUCCUUUGCCAUUCGUGCUCAGGCCAAAACGAUUCCUGCCCAAAAUGCACCAAGCAGGGCAAAGCAUCUCGCAGAAAGGCCAGCAUGCUGCCGCCUGGUCUUUUCUGCAACGUUUGCAAGGUGACACAGAUCGAGGCACCAGAGGAUGCUCUUAUCCUGACCAGUUGCGGGCACUUACUUUGCAAGCGAUGCUCGGAGGAGAUGAAGGACGUGGGACCGCCCAAGGAUGACGGUAGCUGCGAGUUGCCCGUGUGCCGGGCAGACGAAUGUAACUGCAUCUUGACGGGAGAGGCUGUGCCGGGCAACGCAUUCGUGACGAGUCGUGGUGACACACCGGUGAGCUCGCUAGGUAUGGGCGGUAAACUGCAAAAGACGGUUGAUAUUGUCCAGGCAGCCAAGAACGCCAACGAGAAGGUUCUUGUAUUUGUCCCCUACCCGGAACAGAUGGGGCCCGUUGAUGCCGCUCUACGCACAGCGGGUUUCGAUGUAGGGAGGACGGACCGGGCGCAGCCAGAUGAGGAGCUUCGCCGGUUCCAGAGGGGCAAGGGAGAUGUCCUUCUUCAGCUCCUGUCCGCGCCGGAAUCAGCUGGCAGCAACUUGGUAAAUGCGAACCAUAUCGUGUUUGUCGGCCCGCUGUUCAGUCGUGACCAGCGGCAAUGGGAGAUGGUCAUGAAACAGGCAAUUGGUCGUUGCAACAGGCCAGGACAGACGAAGGACGUCUUCAUCUACGACCUGGUUACAACCCACACCCUUGAUGUAGACGUGUUGGAGCAUCAUUUGGGCAGGACACUGCAGCCGGCUGAGGGGGAGAUGGAGAUGGAGAUCCAGGCAGGAUCUCCCGGAACGACUGGAGAGGACGAGGGUGGUGAUUCCGAGGUGGUGAGAAGCACGUUGAGUUCGGUUCUGGCCGCCAACGAGGUCUCAAUGUUGCUUCGAAAGUCAUUUGAUCCGAAAGAUGUUGACAAUAUCUUUUGA